AGUUUCGAACUUUUACAUCAUAGGUAAAAUUAGCUCACUGAGAGCUCAAUUUAUCGCCGAGCCAUAUUUGCUCGUGGUUCCAAUAAUGCAUACUUUAUGCCGGUGGAUAGCUAACCUUUCAAGUACCAGAAUUUGACCCUUCAACUACCAUAACUCUUGACGUGCACUAGAGAUUACGAUAAAUGUUAUUCCUAGAUUUCAAGAACGAUAAACAACUAACGAAUUGAAAGCAACGACCUUAAUCAAUUAAUUAAUCGAAGAAGAUAGGGCAAAGAGAUGAAUGCUCAGUGACCCAGUUAUGCAUAUGAAUCCUGUGCAACCCCAAAUAAAUUUAUAUGUGUCCGUAUUGUAUGCAUUCUUGUACCAUUGGAAGCAGGCGGACAAGGGAAUCCAAAAGAUCGAGAUAUAUGCAGGAUUUAUCUUCAAUCUUUAGGUUCAUACUAUAUCUAAAAAGGUUAAAUCAUAGUUCCAUUUAUAUCCAGGUAUCCUAAGAGAAAAUGAUGUUAAUAGUAAGUACUUACUAGUAUACUAUGUAACUUGUGAUCGACGUAUCUACAGGUCAAUUAGUAUAGGACGCAAGUUGCUUCCCCCUUUGAUCAUUGAAGUCGAACAAAUGCAUCUCAUUACUCGACUAGGGAAAGUGACAGGCAUAACUUCCUCCUCCUUAAUAUUAAGGGAGAAAAAGAGAGACAACCAACAAAAGUUCGCUUUGAGGGCCGUAGCAGCUGAGUGAGACUGAGACUAUUAAAUUAUUGAAUUUACAUUGGACUUAUACGGGCCUGAGCUUAUUUUCACUUAAAAGCUCAAGCUAAUAAGUGGUGGUACCCGAGCCAUAUAUUAACCCAUAGAUUUUCCUUUUCUUUUCCGAUGUGGGAUUUAUCCCAUUUUACUCCUCAACACCCGCCCUCACCUGUAAUGUGUGGUCUAAUUCUGUCUACACGUUGUCACGUGCCCUUAAACACCCGCCCUCAACAAUUGACCUCGAGCCGGGCUCAUCUUUCGUGCUCGGGCGAGGGGGGACACUAACAGGCGCACUCUUGGCUGCACUCGGACAUAUUGGGCCUGGCGUGGUGUGGGUACGCACACGCACGUAGGUGCACGUAUGCGUAACCUGGGCUUUGAUACCAAAUUGAAUUUCCAAGUGCGCCUCGUGUAGGCAGAAAUAGACCACACGUUGCACGUGAGGACGAGUGUUAAGGAGUAAAAUGUGAUAAAUCCCACAUCGGAAAAGAAAAGGAAAAAUCCAUAGGUUAAUAUAUAGAUUAGGUAUCACCACUUAUGAGCUUGAGCUUUUAAGUGGAUAUGGGCCCAAACUCGUAUAAGUCCAAAUGGAAAUUUAAUAGAGACUACUGGAAGAGGCGCGCAGAGGAGUGGAAAAAUGGGGUGGGGCCGUGGGGGAGAGGCUGCUGGAGUUCUUCGUCGGUGGUGACGUUCGUGGGAAUGACAGCGGCGGUGAUGGCGCAGUCGAGCACCAAGGUGGUCAACAACGUGCUGCUGACCGGUGGUCCUCAUCUUCUACUGCUACUGCCUCUCUUCCCUCCUCCUCCUCCUCCCUUCCCUCCUCAUCCUAUGCAGGUAGGAUGACGUCGUAUGUCGUUUCUGUCCUGGCACCAAGACCACCAUUAAUGGAGUAUCUCCAUUUUUGCGCAGGCCGGGUUGUCGUCCUCUCACUUCUUCCAUGUUCCUCAAAUGUUUCUUGCUUUCCUUUCUCGAGUGAGCAUAACCAUAACAGUACUGUUGAACUUCACAUCAUGGCACUAGAGAAAAAAAAAUUUUAAUUUCAUGCUAUCCUUCAAAACCAUGGAGAUAACUUCCAACCUUCAAUUAAAUCCCUCGCAGGUUCUUGACGCAGAUGUUCUGCAUAGUGGGAAUAGAUUGCAGCUCUCCAACCCUCGGCACAUUCCUCAUGAACCUCAUCCCCGUUUUCACCUUCAUACUCACCCUCAUGUUCAGGUGAUCCGUCUCGGUUCUUAUUUGUCUUCACAGUACGGUAUGACGUCAACAUAGAAUGCGUACAAGUAUGCUCGGGAAAACCCGGUAAUGUUUCACCAAAUGUGUUUAUGUAGAAUUAUCAUAGGACGGCGACCGAGUACUACUCUUAAAGUUUAAAAUUUUCAAUUGAUAGCUUCCCCUUUCUGAAAAUAAUAGGCCUGAAAGGUCCAUUGAAAGAGGAAACUCCCAAGAUAAUUUAAUUUAUCGGUCAUUUUCAUUUGGUUUUAUUAAGAAUGGAGAAGUUGGAUUGGAUGGGUUCGAGCAGUCAAGCCAAGGUUGUCGGGACCACAGUAUCGAUUGGAGGAGGCUUCAUAGUCACAAUUUCUACAAGGGCCCACCGCUGUCAAUCGUCAAUGUUGUCUCAAAAUAUCUGCUUAUUCUCCUAUCACCACACUCACGGUGGGUCCUCGGCGGGUUCUUCCUCGCUGUUGAAGCCCUCACCACUUCUCUGAUCUACAUAGUCAAGGUUUGCGGCCACUUGAUGCUUUUAUUUCUUCAAUGUCUGCAAGUAUUGCAGAACAAAACUCUCACUUUCACUCAGUAUAUGCACUCUUGUCUGCAAGUUGUUGCAGAACUGCACUCACGCACAUACAGAACAGCAGAGAGAUGGACAGAAGAAAAGUUAAGAAGAGAAAAUUUCAUUAACAUUUUUAACCCAUAACUUACAUCAUUGACCCUUACAUAUAAAGCCAUAACUGAUUGAAGAUAACUGUUUUCCACUGGAGAAUAUUUGAAAUUCAAAAUAUAACCUGUCUAACUUAACUGCUAAAUUACAGUUAAUCAACAACACAAGACAGACAACAUAAGUCUUAAAGACACAAACUAAUACAUCGAUAAAUUAAACAGUAGCUGAUCCACAUCUCCAACACUCCUCCUUGGAUUAGGUACUGAUACAUACUCCAACCAUCCUUCUCAGGUACUCAAAUCUUCCCACAUGAAAUGACUUGGUGAAUAAAUCAGCCAUUUGAUCUUCUGUCCUGCAAUAAACAAGCUUGAUUUCACCACUUUGCUGUAUUUCCCUGAGAUAGUAAAACUUCAACUUGAAGUGCUUUGUUUUCCCAUGGAAAACUGGAUUUUGAGAGAUGGCAAGAGCAGCCUGGUUGUCAACAAAUAUCUCAGUUUCAUGGUCAGAACCCAUCCCUAAGUCAGUCAUCAACUUUCUCAGCCAGAUUGCCUGGUUUGUUGCUGUUGUGGCUGCAAUAAAUUCAGCUUCUGCUGUUGACUGAGCCACCACUUCCUGCUUCUUAGAGCUCCACGAAAAACAAGCAGAACCAAGAGAAAAACAAUAGCCAGAGGUGCUCCUCAUGUCAUCCAAUGAUCCUGCCCAGUCACUAUCAGAGAAACCAUGCAGCUUGAAGGUAGAGCUUCUGCAGAAUUUCAAACCAUAGGAAGAUGUCCCUUUCAGAUAUCUGAUGACUCUCUUAGCAGCCACCAUAUGUGCUUCACUUGCACAACUUAGAAACCUCGACAGUACAUUCACAGCAAACAUUAUGUCAGGCCUUGUUGCUGUUAAGUACAUCAAACAGCCUAUAAGACUUCUGUAGGUUCUUUCAUCAACUGGACCUGAUCCAUCAUCCUUCUGCAUUUUUGUCUUCUGAUACAUUGGUGUGCUUACACUUUUGCACUCUUCCAUUUGAAACCUCAUCAAAAUCUCUUUGAGAUACUUUCUCUGGCAAACAAACACUUCAUUUUCUUUCUGUUGAAUCUCAAUGCCCAGAAAGAAAGUCAUCUCUCCCAAAUCUGUCAUUUCAAACAUUUUCAUCAUAUCCAACUUCAAUCCAUCUACCUGUACUUUAUUGUUUCCAGUGACCAGCAAAUCAUCAACAUACAAGGAUAGAAUUACCAUGUCUUCCUUCUCCUUCUUGACAUAAAGUGUGAAUUCACUUAGACUUCUCUCAAAUCCCAGAUUCUACAAAUACUGAUCAAUCUUACCAUACCAGGCUCGAGGGGCCUGCUUUAAGCCAUAUAACGCUUUCUUUAAUUUGUAGACUUUGCUUUCUUCUCCUUUAGCAAUGAACCCUUCAGGUUGCUCAACAUAUAUUUCCUCUUCGAGCACACCAUUGAGAAAAGCAGAUUUCACAUCAAGUUGGUAAACCUUCCAAUUUUUCUGAGCUGCAACAGCAAGUAAUAACCUGAUAGUGUCUAACCUUGCUAAUGGAGCAAAGGUUUCAGAGUAAUCAACCCCCCAAAUUUGAGCAUAUCCCUUCACUACUAACCUGGCUUUGUCUUUAUUAACAGAACCAUCUGAGUUUAGCUUGGUCCUGUACACCCACUUAACUCCAAUGACCUUUCUAUCUUGAGGUCUUUCCACUAGAUCCCAUGUCUGAUUUUUUUAAUCAUUUUUAACUCCUCCUCCAUUGCAGAUACCCAUCUCCUGUCUUCUUUUGCUUCCUCGAAAUUUCCAGGUUCAAAGACAGCUACAUUGCACCUCUGAUACACUUCAUUUAAUGACCUGGUUCCUCUUACUGGUAUGUUAUCUACCAGUUCUUCAUCAUUCAAAGCUUCAAUUUCCUCCACCUCAGAUGAAGUCUUCUGAGGUGCUGCCUCCCAAUUUUGUGCGACUUCCAUUUCUCCUUUCUCUUCAUCAGUCCACUUCCAUUUUUCUUUCUCCAUAAAUCUUACAUCCCUGCUUACAAUCACCUUAUUUCUUGAAGGCUGAUAUAUUCUGUAAGCUUUUGACUCCAAGCUGUAGCCGAUGAAGAUACCAGCUUCAGCCUUUUUAUCAAGUUUGUCCCUUUUCGCCUGAGGAAUGUAGGAAUAGCAUAUACAACCAAACACCUUCAAAUUUGCUAUUGAAGGUUUUCUUCCACACCAAGCUUCAACUGGUGUUCUCUUGUCCAAUGACUUAGUGGGCAAUCUGUUUAGCAGGAAGACUGCGGUAUUUGCAGCCUCAGCCCAGAAUUUUUUGGCAUCUCCUUCUCUUGUAGUAGACAUCUGGCCAUCUCCAUUAUGCUUCUGUUCUUCCUCUCACUAACCCCAUUUUGUUGGGGUGAAUAAGGCACGGUGAGCUGGUGCAUUAUACCGGAUGUUUCACAAAUUUCCUUGAACCUCCCUGAUGUAUAUUCACUGCCAUUGUCGGAUCUUAUAGCCUUCAUCUUGCACCCACUUUCAUUCUCUACAAGCUUCUUAAACUUCAUGAAGAUCUCAGCUACUUCUGACUUAGCUUUCAUAAAGUAUAUCCAACACAUUCUACUGAAAUCAUCAAUGAAGAUCACAAAAUACUUACUCCCACUUAGUGACUCCUCGGGCAUAGGUCCACAUACAUCUGUAUGGACUAGCUGAAGCUUCGAGACAGCUCUCCAACUUGAUCUCUUAAAAGGAAGCCGGACUUGUUUUCCAAGCAAACAAGUUUUACACUCUGUUACUUCUUUCUGAAUUGCAGGCAACCCAUCCACCAUAUCAUUUUUCUGCAGAAAGUUUACUCCUUUGCUGUGAAAAUGUCCCAGUCUUCUAUGCCACAGCUCUUCUUCUUCUUUCAGCAAGUUUGUCAUAGCCAUGUGCUUCUUAUCUAAGGGAUUAAAUGAGAAGCACUUGUCCUUCAUUGGUAUCCUAAACAGUGUCUGCCCUUCACUGUCCAUGAUUACACAUUCAAAUUCUUCAAAUACAACCUUAUAGCCCCUUUCAACCAGUUGACCGACACUUAGUAAAUUUUGGUCAAUAUCAGGAACAAACAACACUUCAUGAAUAAGCUUCACACCAUUAGAACCUUCAAGCAUUACAUCUCCUUUUCCCUCAACAACAAUGUAUUCACCAUUUCCUAUCUUCACCUUUGACUUUAUUGAUUUAUCCAGGGCACUAAACAAGUCUGCAUUACUUGUCAUAUGAUUUGUGCACCCACUAUCUACUAACCAACCAUCUUUUAUCACAUUUGAAGUAAAGCAUGAAGCCACAAACAACUGCUCUACCUCAUUUGUUAUAGCAUUGUGUGCUUCUCCUGGCUGUUGGUGACCUUUUUCUUUGCAAAUUGCCUCCAUAUGACCAAUCUUGUGACACCUUCUGCAUUUAACAUCUGGUCUCCUCCAACACUUGAAAUGUGGAUGACUUUUUCGCCCACAAUGCUGACAAGGAACCUUCUGCCACUUUCUCUCCUGGCCACCAGUACUGGUGUUUCCAGUUUUUGAAGAUACUUCUCCUUGUUUUCUCGGCUGAUAAGCCUUCUUCCCUUUUGCUUCACUGUUAAACUUCAACCUUGCCUGCAAAGCUGCUUCUACAGGUUCUUCUUUUCUCAUUAUUCUUCUUUGUUCUGGUGCUUGUAAAGCACUCAGAACCUCAGCAAACUUCAAUUCUGAUAGUUCCUUCGUAUUCUCUAAUGAAGCAAUGGUUGCUUCAUACCUUUCUGGUACUGAGACAAGCAUUUUUUGCACCAACCUUUGAUCACUCAACUCAGUUCCCAACACCAUUAUCUUAUUUGCAAUUUCCACAAGUUUAUCUGCAAACUGUUUCACCGUUUCCCCUUCAUUCAUCUGCAACCGUUCAAACUCUCUCAUCAGAUUAAGAACUUUCAUACCUCUGAUCUUCUCAUCUCCUUCAUACUCGGUCUUCAAGUAAUCCCAGAUUGCCUUAGCAGACUGAAGCUUCAUUAUUCUGGUGAAGAGAGUGGCUGUUACAGCAGCAUAAAGGCAUGAUUUUGCCUUAGCCUUCCUCGUUACUCUUUCCUUGUGAUAUCUUAUCUGAUUCACCGUGGGGUUGUCUGGAAGAGCAGCCACUUGAUAAUCUUCGUCUACUGCUUCCCACAGAUUAACCCCUUCCAUGUAUGUCUGCAUCUUCACAGCCCACACGUGGUAAUUCUCUCCAUCAAACACAGGUGGUGUUAUGGUGGAGAAUCUCGAUGCUGAAGUAGCAGCCUCCAUCUUCAAUUGAUUUCCUUCUUGCGUUUCUCCUCCUGCUCCACAGAUCCCUUAAGAUUCUUCACAGCUCUGAUACCACUGAUGCUUUUAUUUCUUCAAUGUCUGCAAGUAUUGCAAAACAAAACUCUCACUUUCACUCAGUAUAUGCACUCUUGUCUGCAAGUUGUUGCAGAACUGCACUCACGCACAUACAGAACAGCAGAGAGAUGGACAGAAGAAAAGUUAAGAAGAGAAAACUUCAUUAACAUUUUUAACCCAUAACUUACAUCAUUGACCCUUACAUAUAAAGCCAUAACUGAUUGAAGAUAACUGUUUUCCACUGGAGAAUAUUUGAAAUUCAAAAUAUAACCUGUCUAACUUAACUGCUAAAUUACAGUUAAUCAACAACACAAGACAGACAACAUAAGUCUUAAAGACACAAACUAAUACAUCGAUAAAUUAAACAGUAGCUGAUCCACAUCUCCAACACCACUAUGGACCAGUCUCAGUUCAUCUUCCCGGCCAUUUUCACUCUGACAGUUUCUUCCCGCUCUUCUUGAGAAAAGUUCGCUUCCAGUGCCAUAGCUGAGGCUGCUGAGUGAGGCAGAAGAGUGAGAGAUAUAUGGGGUGGGGGGCAGGCAGCUGGAGUUCUUGGUCGGCGACGACGUUCUUGGGGAUGAUGGCGGCGGUGAUGGCACAGGUGAGCACCAUGGUAGUCAACAAGGUGGCACUGACCGGUGGGACCAACAAGUUCGUCCUCGUCUUCUACUCCUACUGCCUAUCCUCCCUCCUCUUCCUCCCUUCUCUCCUUCUCCUUCGCAGGCCGAGUUGCGCUCCUCUCACUUCUCCCGUGCUCCUCAAAUUCUUCUUGCUUUCCUUCAUCAUGUUGUUGUCGCAGAUGUUCGGACUCGUGGGAAUAGAUUACAGCUCUCCAACCCUCGGCACAUCCCUCAUGAACUUAAUCCCCGCUUUCACCUUCAUCCUCGCCCUAAUAUUCAGAAUGGAGAAGUUGGAUUGGAUGAGUUCGAGCAGUCUGGCCAAGGUUGUUGGGACCGUAGUAUCGAUUGGAGGAGCCUUCAUAGUCACUUUCUACAACGGCCCACCGCUGUCAAUCGUCAAUGUUGUCCCAAAAUAUCUGCUUAUUCUCCUAUCACCACACUCACGGUGGAUCGUCGGCGGGUUCUUCCUUGCUGGUGAAGCCCUCACCACUUCCCUGAUCUACAUAGUCAAGGCCAUGGUCCUGAGAGACUACCCGGUGGUGCUCAUCAUGAUGUUCUUCACUAACCUCUUUGUGGCUGUUACCUCUGCUCUCUUAGCACUGGUAGCCGUGAAAGAGCCCGAGUCGUGGACCCCGAAACUCGGUUCAGGGUGGGUCGCGGUCGUGUAUUCGACAGUGGUGGGGAGCGUGUUUCGAUUCACGGUGAUUGCGUGGUGCAUUCAGAAGAGAGGGCCCUUGUAUGUUGCGAUGUUCAAGCCCUUGGGGAUAGUCUUCGCCAUGGUGCUCGGGGUUAUCUUCUUAGGCGAUCCGUUAUGCCUUGGGAGCUUGAUCGGGGCAAUUGUGAUAGUAGGGGGAUUCUAUGUGGUGAUGUGGGGAAAAGCCAAGGAAGAGAAGGCGGUUGAGCCUAUUGAUCAAUCGGGGUUUCUGCCUUCGUCCAGCAAUAAAAUUCCAUUGCUAGCUGCUAGAUCUGAUGUAUGAAAAUAGGAAAACAAAUUCAUUUGAAGAUACAUCUUUGUAUUCGUUAGGUAUAUAUUUUCACCGAGGCAUCGCAUAACGAAUAAGCAGAUAAAGCGUGCAUUACUAUAA